AUGCUCUCCCCAUGUUCUUCUGGUCAGGAAUCCCCUGCAACCGACUCUUCUCGGGCCCUUCCCAUAACGCCUGGACCUAUCGUAGUGACAUCGACCAUUGCCAUCACCGACCCAGAGAAAAUGUGCCAGACAGAGGCGGCGGAGCUGGUCCCAGCGACGCGUGAAGCCGCUGGCAACCGGACGUACUCGGUCUUCUCUCCAACAAUGCGCAGAUACCUCACCUACCUUCUUGGCCUCAUCAUGACGCUGUCUACGCUCACAGCAACCAUCUACUUUCCGUUGAUACCCAUGCUUAGCGUUGAGCUGGGUGUCUCCAUCCAGGCCAUCAACUUAACAGUCACUAUCUACGUCGUAGUCCAGGCGGUGUCGCCGGCCUUCUUCGCCUCGCUCGCCGACACUGUUGGCCGCCGACCGGUGCUCCUGGGCCUGGUCACUCUUUACACAGCCGCAACCCUCGGUCUCGUGCUCUCAUUCGUCUUUGCCACGGGUCAGGCUGGCUACAACGCGCUGGCGGUACUACGCGCCAUGCAGAGCCUGGGAGGCUCGACAAUGCCUCCCCUGGCUUAUGGCCUCACAUAUGACAUAGUACCUGUCCCGGAGCGGGGCGGCAUGCUCGGGCCGAUGCUGGCCUUCUGCAACGGCAUCUCGGCCGUGGGCCCCGUGAUCGGGGGCGGCAUCGCACUGGGGACUGGAGAGACGGCGAGGAAUGUCGUAGGAAAUGGAAGUCUCCCGGCGACGGGCGUGUGGCGGACUUGGGCGUCUUUACCUAAAGCAUUCAAAUACAGAGAAGAUGAUGGACCGACCGCAUCCCAGGCACGAACUGGCAACGGCUAUUUGAGAAAGAGUCCGGAAUUGAAGUGGCAACCUCUCCAAGCCCUGGACUCGUUUCGGAUCAUCCUCUAUCCUGAAGCGGCGGCGGUGCUUUGGAUGAUCGCCUCCUCCUACUCGGUUUACUACACGUUCCAAGUGGCAAUCCCCGUCAUCUUUUCAGAGAUAUACGGAUACAACGAACUACAGAUCGGGCUUGUGUUGCUCCCUGGCCUUGCCGGCAUGACGCUAGGCGGGCUGGUAGCCGGCAAGCUUCUGGACAGAAACUUCGCUAUUGUUGCACGGAAGCUGAACCUGGAUACCAGCCACAAGAUUACACAAAUUAUCGACGACUUUCCACUGGAAGUGGCCAGAUACCGGCGAUGUCAAUGGUCUCUUCUAUUCAUGACCAUCUGCGCAGUGGGCUACGGGUGGGCUGUGAAUUUCCACGUCCACGCCGCGGUGCCCAUUGUGCUGCAGUUCUUCAUCUGCGCGACGUCCACGCUACUAAGCCAUACAGCGAGCGCUCUACUAGUAGACUUUUUCCCGGACCGACCGAGCACAGCGUACGCAUCGGCACAGAUUGUUCGGUGCGGGCUCAGUGCUGUCUCUUCGGCGGUGUUGCAGCCGCUGGUAGAUGCGCUUCACGAGGAUCUGCUGGGGUCCGAGUGCGGCGUCACCGGCACCCAGACCCACUGGGGCUGGAGCCCCGCCGUCGAUGCCGCCGACACGCAGCACUCGCUCGGUUUCGACCCCGUCACCGGCUACGGCGGUGACGGCAAGCGAACGGGUAGCGACGUACCCGUAAUUCAGCGCUGUGCGGUAGAUGUGCCGUUUGCCAACACGAACUUGACGUUGCCGACGUAG